AUGGCGCGCGCGCUGGGGCCCCAGCGGCGGCUCCUGGCCAUCUACACUGGCGGCACGAUCGGCAUGCGGAGCGAGCAGGGCGUGCUCGUCCCUGGGAGUGGCCUGGCCGCUGUCCUGAGGUCACUGCCCAUGUUCCAUGAUGAAGAGUACGCCCGGGCCUGUGGCCUCCCGGAGGACACACUGGCGCUGCCGCCCGCCAGCCCCGACCAGAGAGUCAUCUACACGGUGCUGGAGUGCCAGCCCCUCUUUGACUCCAGUGACAUGACCAUCACUGAGUGGGUUCAGAUCGCUCAGACCAUCGAGAGACACUACGGGCGGUACGACGGCUUCCUGGUCAUUCACGGCACGGACACCAUGGCCUUCGCGGCCUCCGUGCUCUCCUUCGUGCUGGAGAACCUGCAGAAAACUGUCAUCCUCACGGGCGCCCAGGUGCCCAUCCAUGCCCUGUGGAACGACGGCCGGGAGAACCUGCUGGGGGCCCUGCUCAUGGCGGGCCAGUACGUGAUCCCCGAGGUUUGCCUCUUCUUCCAGAAUCAGCUGUUUCGGGGUAACCGAGUGACCAAGGUGGACUCGCGCAGGUUCGCGGCCUUCUGCUCCCCACACCUGCCCCCUCUGGCCGUCAUGGGCACCGAUGUCACAAUCAACCGGGAGCUCGUGCGGAAGGCCCGAGGGAAGGCCCGGCUGGUGGUGCACAGCAGCAUGGAGCGCGACGUGGGCCUGCUGCGCCUGUACCCCGGGAUCCCCGCAGCCUUGGUCCGGGCCUUCCUGCAGCCCCCCCUGAAGGGCGUGGUCAUGGAGACCUUCGGCUCGGGGAACGGGCCCACCAAGCCAGACCUGCUGCGGGAGCUCCAGGCUGCGGCCGAGCGGGGCCUCAUCAUCCUCAACUGUUCCCACUGCCUGCAGGGGGCCGUGACCUCUGACUACGCAGCUGGCAUGGCCAUGGCGGGCGCCGGCAUUGUCUCUGGCUUUGACAUGACGUCGGAGGCCGCCCUGGCCAAGCUCUCCUACGUGCUGGGCCAGCCUGGGCUAACUCCGGACGACAGGAAAGAGCUGCUGGCCAGGGACCUUCGGGGCGAGAUGACACUGCCCACGGGGGCCGAGCGCCGGCCCUCACUGAGUAGCAGCGUGCUGGGCCGGGGGGCUGCCCAGCUCCUCACUCUCAGCCAGGAGGCCGACGCCAUACGGGAGGCCCUGCUGCCUAGCCUGGCCUGUGCUGCAGCCCAUGCCGGUGACCUGGAGGUGCUGCAGGCGCUUGGGGACCUGGGCAGUGACCUGAGCCUAGAGAACUUUAACGGUCAAACUCCUCUGCACGCGGCCGCCCGGGGAGGCCAGUCUGGGGCGGUCACCAUGCUGCUGCAGAGAGGGGUGGACGUGGACCCCCGAGAUGAGGACGGACACAGCCCUCUGCUGCUGGCCGUGAAGGGCAGGCAUCGGGGUGUCAUUGAGCUGCUGCGGGCAGCUGGGGCCUGCCUGUCCCCCCAGGAGCUGGAGGACGCGGGGACAGAGCUGUGCAGGCUGGCGGCCAGGGCAGACCUUGAAGGCCUUCGAUCAUGGUGGCAGGCGGGGGCUGACCUGAGCAGCCCAGGCUACGACGGGCGCAGUGCCCUGCUUGUUGCAGAAGCAGCCGGGAACCUGGAAGUGGUGACCUUCCUGCAGAACCUCGAGGGUGGGGCCGGUGCCCAGGCCCCAGGCCCAGCCACUCUGUGAUGCACGCUCUCAUGGCGCUGGAAGGCCCCAGCCACGGCUAGGAGGUUCCUAGAGCCUGGAGGGGACCUCAGAUCCUUCUACUUUACGUCCUGCCUGCCCCACCCCACCCCACCCCACAGGGCCAGCUCCCCACAUGGGGACCCCUUAGCCCAGCGCUCCCCCCUGAUUCCCAGGGUAGAUGGGCCAAGUCCCCAGCUCACACCUCCUUCACCCACUCCAUCGUCUGACCACCCCGCAGGUUCUCAAGUCACCGGAUUUGCUCCGGUCCUCCGGUCCCUCCCUGGGGAGGGCUGGGCCCUACUGGUGAGGUGCCCGGGCUUGUCUCCCUGCCCCUCCCCCAUACGCUACCUGUGCCGCACGAGAGCAGUCUCGGGAGACGGCCCAUGUUCAGGAAGUGCUGCCUAGUGUCUAACCUGAAGCCAGCAUGCAGCAGCACAGAUGGGACCUGCUGGAGGAUCACGCCCCCCCCCCAGGACUCUGUGAUAUGUCCCCACUGCUGGGACUGCUUCCCUCUGUUUCCCAGACUUGGCCUGAAGAUUUUGUUGGGCGGAGUGGUAAUAAAAUCUCUCUGGGGACCCCUCCCUAGGUCCCGAAGCCCAA